AUGCAAACACCAGCUAGCUUUAGUUACUUAAACUAUGGAUCGACGCCUCCGGGAAAUGAAAUGCCUACGGAGCAUAAUGCGUCGUUUGACGAGGAGGUUAGACUUUAUACAAACAACAAGGACCGAGAAAAGUAUGAAAAUCUUGCUGAUUUGUACGCUAUUAUAGUCACCAUGGAACACUUGGAGAAAGCAUACAUUAGGGAUUCUAUUACGGCAGCAGAAUAUACGCCUGCUUGCGCAAAGUUGAUAGCACAGUAUAAGACAGCGUUGAACUUGGUGAGUGAUUCUGUGCCCGACGUAGAAAAAUUUAUGAAUGAUUAUAAGCUUGAAUGUCCGGCUGCGUUCAAUCGUAUCAAAAUUGGUGUACCCGCCACUAUUGAACAUUCAGGUCCAACAGAUCACGAUUCCAGCAAAUCAGCAAAAUAUGUUGCCGAAACUGUGCAGCAUUUCAUAACUUCGAUGGAUGCUCUCAAAUUAAAAUAUAAAGCGGUGGACGAUAUUCAUCCGAUGCUUAGCGAGUUAAUGCAAAGUUUGAACAAAGUGAGUUCGUUACCUGCAGAUUUCGAAGGAAAAGCAAAGCUUAGGAAUUGGUUGAUCACUUUGAAUUCGAUGAAGGCGAGCGACGAACUCAACGAUGAGCAAGUUCGCCAGCUCUUGUUUGAUCUUGAAAAUUCUCACAAUGCAUUUUACCGUUCGUUGUCUGAUAAAAAUUAG